GGUCGUCUGAGGUUCAGGUUGUUGGACCGGCUGACCGAGUCAUUGCCUUAGCUGGUGAUGACGUCAUUCUACCAUGUUUCCUGAAACCCAGUGUCAAUGCUGAGGAAAUGGCAGUGGAGUGGACAAGAUUGCACCUGAAAACAAGGAACGUCCAUUUGUACCGUCAAGGUCGAGACUUCGAUGACGAUCAGUCUCCAUCCUACAAGGGAAGGACAUCAAUGUUUAAUGGAGAACAGAAGAAUGGCAACGUCUCCUUAAAGCUGACCAACGUUACUCUCUCUGAUACUGGGAACUACACCUGCUUCCUUCCAACACUGACCAUCCAGGUGAAGGAAACCACCGUUCAACUCCUUGUUGGUGUUAUACCUCAGCCAGUGAUAUCUAUUGUUGGAACCAAAGGCUGGGGGGUGGUCCUGAAGUGUGACUCUGGAGGCUGGUUUCCUGAACCUGUGAUGGAGUGGCUGGACAGUUCUGGAACCAUCCUCCCUGCUGAUGGACCUCCAGAGAGACACAGGGACUCAGAGGGCCUCUACGCUGUGAGACAACAUGUCACCGUGGACCAGACUGACACCAACAGGUUCACCUGUAGAGUUAAUCAGCAGGAGAUCAACCACCUGAAGGAGACAGAGAUUCAUGUCCCAGAUGACAUGUUUCCUAUAUUAACCUACUGGUGGAAGGUUGGUCUGUCAAUAGCAACAGCAGCUGUUGUAGUUCUUGCAGCUUCAGCUGGUGUCCACAAGUGGAGA